AUGAAAGCGUCUGCCUGUCUUGCGGGCUUUAUUCCGGCGCUGGUCGCCCAAGCCGCUCGCAUCGUCCAAUCCAACGACGAUGGCUGGGCUGAGCUGUAUCUUCGCUCCUUUAAUGAUGCGCUGAAUGAGGCUGGUCAUGAUGUUGUUUUAUCCGCGCCUGCAGAUAACCAGUCUGGAACGGGCUCCAGUGAUUCACCUCCAAUACCCCGAACAGUACCCUGCGAAUACGACUCGUGUACCGGCAACGGCAACGCCACUGGCCACAAUGAUACACGGCCUGAUCUCAACUGGGUCAAUUCCUUUCCCGUAACUGCCAUGAAAUAUGGCAUAAACACUUUCGGUCCUCAACUGUGGAAUGGCUCUGCCCCCGACUUUGCCGUCGCGGGGCCCAACGUCGGCACAAACGUCUUUGUCCAACUACCAUUCAGCGGUACAGUAGCUGCUGCUGCAUAUGCCGCCCAUGACGCCGGCAUCCCUUCAAUCGCCUUUUCCGCCGCUUCAACCGGCCGCCUCGCAUUUGACACUGAUCCAGUGCCUCUCCGCAGCAGCCUCUAUGCCCAGCUUGCUGCACAACUCACUGACCAUAUCAUCUCUUCUGGAGCUCCGUAUCUUCCCCCGGACGUCUUUCUCAAUGUCAACUUCCCUAAAGUUGAUGGCAGUUGCACCGACCUCUCUGACUUCAAAUGGGUGCUUACCCGGAUCAACCCUGGUUACUUUUCUCCCCCAGAUGUCAGCUUCUGUGGUGGUGAGCGGUUGCCUACCGAGCUAUCCGUUAUCACUCAUGGUGGAUGCCUCAUCUCUGUUAGCGUCGCUAAUGCUAAAGACAAAACUACUGCGUCGACAGAUAGUCAGGCUGUUGUGCUUGAAAAGUUGCGAAGCAUGCUUACCUGCCUCCCAAUCUCAAUAAAAUUAAUAGAGACCUCAGAUCAGCUGAUACUUCAAAAUUAUAAACAACGAUUAUAG